AUGAAUCACUUGGCUGUUCAGCAGAAAGGUUUCGCCGCCGGCGAGGAGAUGAGGGCCGCCGCCGCCGCUUACAGAUCUGUGGAUAUGAAGGAAUCGGUGGUCUGCCCCAAGCCGCGGCGGCUCGGUUUGCUUCAUGCAACCCUUACCGAACCUUCUCCAGUGAGACCCCUGCGAUGGCAUUCUAGCCUUAAUCAAGAGGUUUUUGAUGCAAAAGCUGGAAAUGAGCUCCUAGACUUCAUCCUGACAAAGGGCACUACUAAUUGUGGCUCCGAUCAAUCGGCCACACCAAUAGCCUCGUCGCCCCCUUUUUUUUGCGGGUCUCCGCCGAGCAGAGUAUCUAACCCACUAAUUCAAGACUCUCGAUUUGGUGACGAGAAAUUCACACCGAUCUCUCCACGCGCGAUCCUCACGCCAUCCAGCCCGGCCCAUUCUCCCUCAUCCUCGGCCCGCAAACCCAACAGCUGUGUCCGUGCAAAUUUUGGGAACAACCCAGCUGUCAGGAUCGAGGGCUUCGACUGUCUCGACCGGGAUAGGCGCGGCUGUAGCAUCCCUGCUCUUGCCUGA